UUCCCAUUCUAAAUCUUCAGCCAACCAUUCCCUCUCUUUUAUCUUUUCACGUACCUUACAUUUCUUGAACUAACCCAAAGCAAUGGGCUCUGAAACACAAAAUCUAGACACUAAAUCUCGCGAGUCAACUCAGUAUCAUGUUGUUCUCUUCCCUUUCAUGUCAAAAGGUCACACCAUCCCUCUCCUUCACCUCGCCCACCUCCUUCUCCGCCGUGGCGUAAACGUCACCGUCUUCACUACUCCGGCGAACCAUCGCUUCAUUGCAUCUUUUCUUUCCGAUACUAACGCCUCCAUAAUUGACCUUUCAUUCCCCGACGACGUACCGGAACUUCCUUCAGGAAUUGAAAGCACUGACAAGCUUCCUUCCAUGUCACUGUUUCCUGUUUUUGCACUCGCCACAAAACUCAUGCAACCGGAAUUUGAUCGGGCGCUUGAAGCUCUUCCACUCGUUAAUUUCAUCGUCUCGGACGGGUUUCUAUGGUGGACUGCUGAAUCUGCUAUGAAGCUUGGUAUUCCAAGGUUCAUAUUUUUUGGUAUGUCUAAUUAUUCUUCAUGUGUGUCAAGAUCUGUAGCCGAGUGCAAGUUACUGCUCGGAGAUGAGUCGGAUGACGAGUUAGUAACUUUAACUGAGUUUCCAUGGAUUAAGGUCACUAGAAAUGAUUUUGAUCCAGUUUUUGUAAAACCUGAACCUAAGGAUCCUCAUUUUGACUUCAUAAUGAAAGUUUUCUCAGCUGCAUUCAUUAGUUAUGGAUAUAUAUCAAACAGUUUUCAUGAACUCGAGCCUGUUUUUGUUGAUCACUUGAACAAGUCACAUAAUCAACAAAAAACUUGGUGUGUUGGGCCGUUGUGUUUAUCUGCAAAAACACCAAAUCCUGAAGAGAAAAACAAACGGACGUGGAUUCAAUGGCUAGAUGAAAAGCUGAAGCAAGGAAGCUCGGUUCUAUACGUGGCGUUCGGAACUCAAGCGGAGAUAUCUGUCGAGCAACUCACGGAGAUAGCGAUCGGGUUGGAAGAAUCGAACGUAAAUUUCUUGUGGGUGAUACGAAAAACGGAAUCUGAAUUGGGAGAUGGAUUUGAAGAGAGAGUUAAGGAGAGAGGAAUAAUAGUGAGAGAAUGGGUAGAACAAAUGGAGAUACUAAAGCAUCCAAGUGUUAAAGGAUUUUUAAGUCAUUGUGGAUGGAACUCAGUUUUAGAAAGCAUAUGUGCCGGAGUGCCGAUUCUUGCAUGGCCGAUGAUGGCGGAACAGCCAUUGAAUGCGAGAAUGGUGGCGGAGGAGAUCAAAGUAGGGCUAAGAGUGGAGACAUGUAACGGGUCAGUGAGAGGGUUUGUGAAGUGGGAAGAUUUAAAAAAGAUGGUGCAUGAAUUGAUGGAAGGAGAAAAAGGGGAAAUAGUGAGAAAGAAUGUGAAGAAAAUGGAAGAAAUGGCCAAGAAAGCUAUGGUGGAGAGAACCGGCUCAUCUUCCCGGACAUUAGAUAUGAUAAUUGAGAAACUUUGCAAAAGCAAAGAAGAAAUGGAUUUGAAGAGACGGGGAGCUAUCGCACUGCAAGAAAAUUAGCAUUUUAUUCAGUCAUUGGGACCCUAAAAGUCCGAUCGCCAACGGUCGCUAAAGACUUUGGAAUUGAAGGUAUAAAUUGCGUCGAAAAAGGCUUCCCUUCGCUAAUAGUCAAUUUCAUAAAAGGAAAAUGCUUUAUAACACACCUUGUUCGGUAGGAGAGAUUCUUAGGUAGACUUAGUCCACCACGUCAUCCGUAGACUAACCUAUCACAUUUUGACACGUCAUUAAAAUAAUGGCACUAUCGUAAUUUUGUUCAUUACUUGUUUACACCUUUGGAUAGUAAUAUUACGAUAGUGCCAUUAUUUUAAUGACGUGUCAAAAUGUGAUAGAUAAGUCUACGGAUGACGUGGUGGACUGAGUCUACCUAAGAAUUUCUCGUUCGGUAGUGGUAUUGAUUUAUUAUUUUAUGUUUCCAACUUUCCAUUCGGCAUCAUACUUCAAUUAACAUUAAAAUAGUCUUUUCUCUGUCCUAAAAUAAUAGACAAUUGCAUUGCUCAAAUAAAUCAUUACAAAUGAGGUGCAUAAACCGGCCUUAAUUUUCAGUUUCGCCUUUGAUAUCCCCUAGUACUGAUGGGACUACAUGCAAACUUUUACGAACUUAUUGAGUAUUAUAAUGAGAUAUAUUAAUGUUCUUGUUGUUAAUGAUUUUUUUCCCCACGAAGAAACUAUUUUGUAGGUGUAAUAAUUCAAUCUUUUCAUUAAACCAUAAUAUACAACUUUGGCAAAAUGUAUUCAUAAGUUAAACUCAUUAGUCUUUGUAUGUAUUUUACAAAAUCAUCGCAAAAGUCUUAGGUAGCUCAACAUUUACAACAGUUAUUACCUAGUAUAUUAUUAGUUUGAAUUAAAAUGCAUCUAUCAGCGGUCGAAUAUAACCAGUAAUGUAUCUUUGGCACAUGAGCUCAUCCACUAGUAAUAUAUCUUCGUCGAGGCAAGUAUUAUAGUUUGGCACUGAAAUGGGAUAUGUGUAAGGCUUACAAAUUACGAUCAAAUAGAAUGAAACUAUUCGAGGGUUGGAAAAGGAGGCGUCAUUUUAGAGGUGCGGAGUAGGUUUGGUUUCGUGAUUGUCAGGCUAUCUUUAACUCACUUUCUCCUCAUUUGGGUCAUCUUGAUAAAGUUUGGUGGAACUCUAGUGCUCGGAUUUUUCUUCGACAUCUGUUGUCGUCUCUUAGUUGGGUGUGGAAGGGAGAACUAUGACAUCUCUGCAAUUCCUGCUCGUUUUUUUUGGACCUGGUCUGGUGAUACUCAGACUACAAUAGAGUGUUCAAGAACGCUCCGAACAAGGGUGUGGUUAUUUUUAACUAUUUUUUAAAGGCAGUUUUUCGCUUUAAAGUUUGUAAUCGGAGGUUUCUUAUUCUGAUUUUGAUCUCUAUAGGAAUUCUUUUUGUAUUUUAUUUUCUAGACCAUGAUUGUUGCCUUUUCUUCUAGUUGUAGCCUUUAGUGCGUCGCCUAAA